AUGAUUUUAUCAUUAUUAGAGUAUAAUUUGUAUCUAAUUCUCACAGAAGCUCCAUCCGCAUUGAUUUCAAGUCUGGAGACUAAGCUUUCAAGAUUCGUCGGUCCGUUGUCCAAUCGAUUACAAAACUCAGUUUCGGGGCUCACCAGCAAGUGGAGUGGCCUUUCCGAUGAUGACCGUGUGGGAAUYGCAGGAACACUUGGUGUUAUUACAAGCAAUAUUGAAAAGUUUGGUAAAGCUGGCGAGGAUCCCGUGGGGGCACUUCAAGCAACAAUCGACAUUAUUGCAUCAAUUGCCAGUAAUUUAGGACCAAAAGGACAACUCAUCAGCAUGGGYCUAGGUUUCGUUUCGGCUUUGAUGGGGUUAUUUGGCAAAGGUACUCCAAAACCAAAACCAAUGUCUCAAGUCGUUCGAGAACAGAUAGAUGCAGCUCUCGAGAAGUAUCAGGACCAGGAUCUCACUUCAAAAGCGCAAGGGUUAAUUACAGCAUUGUCUCAGUCUAAAGCGUACUUAGAUGGAGCYGCASARUCGGGUAAUCCCUUGACUGAYCUUGARAUGWCUUUAUCCGCAAGUCGAGUUCCAAUAACGCAAGGAGCAGAAUUCAUGGGGCAGCUUGCYAGUGUAAUACUUACAAUGCAAACAAGYAACGUUGCUUCUGAUGCCAAAAAAUGUAUCAAAUACUGUGAGCUUUACGCAACCAUGACGACCAUCCGAGACAUGAUCUUAACGCAAUUCAUUUCCAUGUCAUCCAACUCCGAAAAUGUACAAAAUGAUGUGAAUGGACUUAUWGGCUAUCGACAGAAUUUCCGGGAUGGAGCAAGAGUUUUAUUUGAAAAGCUCCUCACGAUUGAUUAUUCCAGUAAUAUAAUGCCGUACUUUGAYCCMGAUGUGAGCACCUUAACCGACAAAUAUUCAACUGCUUUGUUAAAUAUAGGAAAGUACGACCGUUCGARGUCUGGCAUGUACUGCAUCUUUGGACAUACAUCAGGAACAACUCUUGUUUGGGAAAACACGAAAAACGAUUUAAAAAUCAGCGGCAAACCGUACACCAAAUAUGGGAAACGAGAAAAAGCUAAUUGCAUUUGGAAGCUUGUUCCCAAAGGAAACAACAUAUACAGUAUCGUCAACAAGAAGRACUGUGAAAAGAAAGACCCUUACUGUGAUGCGMUGCUGUCCUGGGGAACAGUUAAAGAGAAGCCGUAUGUCAGUAUUGAYCAUGAAAACCCYGUGYUAUGGGAAAUCCAGGGUUCUCAAUGGGUAAACAUCCGAAGCAAGAAGGGCUGCCCUUCCAAUAAGUGGUGCGGCAAGGAUCUAARAGUCAUGAGAAGAACCAUACAAUUCCAAGUUAUAAGGCCACCGAAACUGAUAAAGCAACAUUACGAUGUUGGUCAGCUAGCUCAGCCAGAUGGAAAAAACUACUGGCUUCUCCAAAAGGUACUAGUGUAGUAAGUUGGCUAGUUAAUA